UCCGGCAUUCCGCCUCGCUCGUUUAAAAACCCAGAAAUGAAGUCCGGGUUGGAAACGGGUCCCGCUAUGGCGCCGUCCUCAUCCGGCGUCCGCUGCUGGCGGACGGCGUUCCUCACCCUCCGAGACGAAACCCUAGCCUCGCCCCCUCCCCCCGCCCUGCUCGCUCUCCUCCGCGAUCUCAUCCUCUCCCACCCCUCCGACGCCAUGGUCGCCGCCGCAACCGAUCUGCCCCCUCACGAGGUGACUUCGGAUUUGGUUCUGCUCGCUGAGCUGGCGUCGGCGGCUUCGGUGUGCAAAGAUGUGGAUGAUGUGUUGCUGUGGACGUGCCAUUUGAUACAUGCUGUUAGUUGCAAAGUCUUCCUUGGCAUUAGUUCUUCUUCUUGGACCGUAAUACUGAACAUUCUUAAAAGGGUUGUGGAGCACUUGCUUGGUAAUACUGAUAAUAGUAGUGUUUGUAUGGACGACACUUCUAGAAUGAAAGCACUAACCGAGGUCUUAGAUAUUCUCAGGCUUGCUGUCAAAGCAUAUAGAAGAAACAAUUCAUUAUCUGAGAUUAUGGAGUUAGUCAGGCUUCUUGUUUGUCUUGUUUCAUGCUUGCAUGCUGAGUUAUUUAGCCUACAUCAUCCACAUGGAACCCACAGUCCUUUCAAUGAUUCUGGACAUAGAAAUCCUCUAUGCAACAUUUUAUGGGACAUACAAACUCAUGCACUUUCCAUGAUGUGUGAUGCUUUAACUGGAAUUGGAACUUCUAUCCCGGCCAACUUAUGGCAAUCAACAAUUGAGGUAUUGAGGAAAGUAAUAGAUUACUUGGUGUCGAAGAACUUGCUGCUUGAAAACUCUGUCAUGUCAAGGCUUUUGUUGAAUCUUCUUAAUUGUCUGCAUUUGGUUCUUUUGGAGCCAAAAGGUUCUCUUUCAGGGCAUGUGCCAGGUUUGGUAGCAACAUUGCAAUUAUUUCUUGUGUAUGGUCUCCCCAGUAGAUCUUCAUUACGACCUAUGAUCAGUGAUUUGAAGGAAAAAGCAUUUAUUUCUUCUGGCAUAAAAUCUGGGUUGGGGGAAUCCAUAAAAAGUGUUCCCGGUCCUUAUAAACCACCACACUUGCGCAAGAAGGAUGGUCCUAAUAAUGACACACUGGAUGCUCAGUGUUCUUCAGACCAUGUGCCUUCAAAAUAUGGUUUCACAUCAUCAGAUUCGGAUCAUAGUGAUAGCGAUGGCUCUUCUAAGCAUAUAGACCGUUUCAGAAGCUCAAAAGUUAGGUUGGCUGCACUUACUUGCAUACAGGAUCUUUGCCAUGCUGAUCCAAAGUCACUUACUUCUCUCUGGAUGCUACUUUUACCUGAGAAUGAUGUGCUACAAUCAAGAAAAUUCGAGGCUAAUCUGAUGACAUGUUUGCUCUUUGAUCCCAUAAUAAAGGUACGGAUCGAAUCAACUUCUGUUUUGGCUAGUAUGUUGGACGGACAUUCUCUAACAUUAUCACAAGUAGCUGAAUACAAAGAAUCUUCAAAAUGUGGAUCGUUUACUACAUUGUCUAGCUCACUGGGACAAAAGCUAAUGCAAUUGCAUACAGGUUUAUUGUAUCUUCUGCAACAUGAAACUCAUAAUGGACUUAUUUCAUCACUGCUCAAAGUCAUCUUGGUUUUGAUAUCUGCCUCCCCAUAUGGUCGCAUGCCUGGGGAUUUGCUACCAACUGCAAUUACAUCCUUGCAUUCAAAAACGAAGGAAAUCCUUGCCUCCAAAAAUGAAAAUAUUGGUCUUCUGGUUAACAAUCUUAGUUGCUUAGGUGCAUCAUUUUCCAGAUCCCCACCUUUAUUGCUCGUCCUAAAAUUGCUUGAAGAAGAUAUUUUACAUGGUUUUUCUCAUGACCAACUAGAGCCAUCCAUAUUCUCUACUUUAUUUCACUUAUCGGAGAAGAGGAGACAUCCAAGUGUUGUUUUUGAGGCCCUUCAGGUCUUGAGAGCAGUGGCACACAACUAUCCAAGUAUGGUAACUAGAUUUUGGAGACAAGUAUCUGAUAGUGUUCAUGAACUUUUGCACGCAAGGAAUCAUGAAUCCAGCUGUGAAGCAGUAGCUGGUUUUUGCAAGGAAGAAUUUAGCAAAGCUGUUGGAGUAACCACAGAAAAAUGCAUUAUGGCUGCUAUUAAGGUUCUCGAUGAGUGCCUUCGUGCAGUCUCUGGAUUUAAAGGAGCCGAUGACCUCCAAGAUUUUAGAUUACUUGAUAUCCAGCGUAUUUCUGAUUGUACCAGAAGUAAGAAGAUAUCAUCUGCUCCUUCGUAUGAACUUGAUGGUCCAGUGGCCUUAAAUGGAGAUUGUGCCUCAUGUGGGCUUGAGCAGUGGAAUGAGGUUAUCGUAAAGCAUCUACCUGAGUCACUAUCACAUGCCUCUCCAAUUGUGAGGGCAGCAUCAGUUACAUGCUUUGCUGGGAUGACAUCGGGUGUUUUCUCCUCUUUGACUAAGGACAAACAAGAAUUUGUUAUUUCUUCAGCUGUUACUGCAGCAUUCGGUGAUGGAGUUCCUUCUGUCAGAUCAGCUGCAUGCCGAGCCAUUGGUGUCCUAACAUGUUUCUCAGAAAUUGUUUCUCGAUCAACAGUGAUUGACAAAUUUAUACGUGCAGUUGAUUAUAAUUCACACGGUCCCAUAGCCUCGGUACGGAUUACCGCUUCAUGGGCUCUAGCAAAUAUAUGUGAUGCCCUUCGCCACAGAGCAACUGAACUGGACUUGGAUAGAUCUGAAGAUGCAGGUGAAAUAAGGCUUUCUGACUCUAUCUAUCUUUUAGUUGAAAGUGCACUACGAUUAACUAAGGAUGGUGAUAAGAUUAAGUCAAAUGCUGUGAGGGCUCUUGGAAACCUGUCAAGAUUUAUCAGAUUAACUAAUCAUUCUGCUGAAAGUUUGCCAAGUGGUUCAAAGUCAGCUUUUCAUGGAAAUGCCCACUGGCUUGAGAGAAUGGUGCAAGCAUUUGUUUCUUGUGUGACUACUGGUAAUGUAAAGGUCCAAUGGAAUGUUUGUCAUGCCUUAAGCAACUUAUUCAUGAAUGAAACAAUAAAGCUACAUGAUAUGUCUUGGGCACCUACUGUUUACAGUAUUCUUCUAUUGCUCCUUCGUGAUUCUACCAACUUUAAGAUUAGGAUACAUGCUGCAGUUGCUUUAGCUGUUCCAACAUCGAGGCUUGAUUAUGGGAGCUCAUUUUCUGAUGUUGUUCAAAGUUUAGAACAUGUACGUGAAUCAUUAGUUUCAGAUCAAUCUUCAACACCAUCUAGUUUCAAAUACAAAGACAAUCUUGCAAAGCAGAUGACUUUGACAAUGUUGCAUGUGCUUGGCUUUGUUUCACCCAAUGAUGACCAAGCUCUGAAAGAUUUCCUUGUUAAGAAAGCACAUGUUCUGGAAGAGUGGUUCAAAUUGCUAACUUCAACUUUAGCAGAGGCUAGUGAUCAGCCUUCAGCAACGGAGUGCAUGUCUAAUCAGAAUCAGGAAGAUGUUUUGACUUUAUUUGUACCUGAUAAAACAAUGUUAUCAAGGGCAUUGAAGUCUGUGCUUGGUGUCUACGAAUGCGGCAAUCAUCAAAACAUUGCUCAGAGAUUCAAGAAAUUAGCAAGCAUCUUAUUAUAAUCUUAGUCAUUCACUUAAUACGUGUAAUUGAUAUUAUUGUAUGCACCAUGAAGUUGGUUUGUUUCACUGGAGACUACCAUAUCCCAGCGACGAGCUCUUUUACUAGGUUGGGUCAUAUGCAGCAUUUCUAUUGCGCAGGCCCUGCUGUCGCUUGUGCGUUUGAAAUCGGAGGACAAGGCCAAUCAAGAUCCGUCCCAUCGUGCUGCAUUCAAGGCCUUCGGAAUACUUUAUUUGUAGACCCUCGCAGAACAGUGAUGAAAAUCCUUUUGAUGAAGAAGAUUCUGUCUCAUUCUUAUUGGCUGACCAACUUCAACUUUUCAGCUUGUUUACAAAAGUGAUCGAUGUUCUUGGUGUGUCAUUUUUAUAACUUAGAUACGAGGACAUGCGAAGAUUACAGAUACCUGUGGACGUCUGGAUGCCUUCGAGUGGAAUGGAAUUUGUAUCCGUGCCUAUCUUCGAUAUAAUGCUGUGUAUAUUUAUGCAUUUUGGUUUUAUUCAUGUUUGUAUAAUAUAUGGAGAGCUUGUGGUAGACUUGAUAGUUUCAUUUUGAUUA